AUGGAUUUUCGGCCAUUAGACAUCAAAGUUAUAUCGGCAGAGGGCAUAAAGGAUGUCAAUCUUUUCUCCAAGAUGGAUGUCUACGUUGUUGUGUCGAUUGCCGGUUACCCCAAGUCGAAGAAGAAGACUUUCGUCGACAAGGAUUGCGGUACCCAUCCAAAGUGGAAUCAUCAAAUGGAUUUCGUCGUUGAUGAGCCGUAUUUGACGAAGCCUGGCCUGUCCCUUCACUUCCAGCUCAUGGCAGAUCGGUCUAUUGGAGGGGACAAGGAGGUUGGCGAGGUCACUGUCCCGAUCCACGAGCUUUACCAGAAUGUCAAUUCGAAUCCCGGCGAAGAAAAGGUUGUUGAAUAUCAGGUUAGAACCUCGUCAGGAAAACCCAAGGGCAACAUCAAGUUUUCGUAUAAAUUUGGGGAGAAAUUCACUCAACAAAUGGAUACAAAAAAGCAUGUGGAUGAGCCUAUGACUGCGUAUCCAGCGCCACCACCACAUGUUGCCGGAGGAAGCAUGCCACCCCAGCAGGGAAUGGGAUACGGUGCUCCUCCUCCUGGGAUGGCGUAUCAGCAAUAUCCCCAAUAUCCUCCUCAUCCAGGGUAUGGCUAUCCACCACCAGGUGGGUACCCGCCUCCUGGGUACGGUUAUCCUCCUCCGCCCCAGCAGGGGUAUGGUGGAUAUCCCCCAGUGCAGAAUCCUAAGAAGAAAAAGUCCGGGAUGGGAUCAGGUCUAGCAAUGGGGUUGGGGGCUGGAUUGCUUGGAGGGAUGCUUGUUGGUGAUAUGGUGGACGAUGCAGGUGCCUAUGAUGCUGGCUAUGACGAUGCAAUGGGCGACGCGGGUGGCUUUGAUUUCUAA